CUUUCAUUUCUCCUGCUGGUUAUAUUCAGUGGACCAAUAAUUCAACUGGCUACUUGCAGUAAAAUAUCAGAACACUUAAAAUAAAUGCUGGGUUUCAGGCUGCUAUAAUGAGUGAAGACUCUUCUGAAAACAAUGAAGGAAGUCUAGACAUCUGUACAGUAAGAGAAAAAGAAGAAGGAAAACUGGCUCAAGGGAUUACACCCCGAAUUUCCAGCUCUCACGUACAUGCCAAAAAGGGUCUUCCUGUGACUGCAGAUGAAGGAAGAUUUCUGGAUAAACCACCUCUGUCAUACAUAGCUUUGAUUGCAAAGGCAAUACUUUCUUCCCCCACAAACAAACUGAAUUUAGCUGCUAUCUACAAAUACAUUGAAGAUAAUUUUCCUUUUUACAGGAAUAAAGGUCGAGGUUGGAGGAACAGUGUAAGGCACAACCUUUCACUAAAUGAUUGUUUCAUCAAGGUGGGAAGAUGUGAGGAUGGCAAAGGAAACUACUGGAGUAUCCACCCAUCAAACUUAAAUGACUUUGUUCACGGGGACUUCAGGCAACAUCGAAGGUCACGAAAGCGAGGGCACCAAAAGGAGGUAGAGCACUGCCUUGCUGUGAAUUAUUUCAUGCCAUGGAGACACUAUUCUUCCUGCCCAGCACCAGGCUGGCUUUACCAAACACACUAUUUUCCGGACCCACUGUGGAAACUUCUGUAUGCUGACAGACUACAGUUUGUGCAUGAAUACCAAAAGUGGAAUGUUGACAGUGAUUUAAUCAUGAGGAACUUUUCACCUCAACUACAAACUGAAAAACCACACAGCUCUUCUGGGGACUGGUUUUAUGGAUCUCCUGCUACUUCAGUUAUGCAGCAGAAUAUUUUCCUAAAUAUUCAGCCGAGUUUCCCUAAUUCCCUUUUAUUCUUUUCUCAAAAACAGCACCAAAGUGAAGCAUUCAGACACAUCUGUAAGUACUAGAAAGUAUUUGAAAUGCAGUAACUUCACAGGCAGCUUGGGACUGCGUCAAGAUAUAUGUUGCACAGUUUUGAACUUUCGUAUACGUUUAAAGACAGCAGAAGUGCUUGCUUACUUACAUAAGCUAGUGAUUUUCCAUGAUUAUUACCUAAGUGUUUUAGCUUUGAAACCAUAACAAUGAAUUUCUAAUAAAUCUGCUAGUCAAUGGCCAUGCAUAGAUUACUUUAGUAUAAAAGUAAAUCCAUUCACACUGACUGCCCAAUGAAAUUAUUUUUUAAUUGUUCUGUAUUAAUCAUAUUACUGUAUACUACUGCUCUAUUGGAUUCAAAUUAAUACACAUAUAUGUGUAUUUAUAACUAUAUAUUCAAACAUGUAUGACCAUAUAUUUACUUUUACAUUAUAUUGAAUAGGAAGAAUUAAUACAGUUUUCCUUUGUCAUUUGAGAAUGUCUUUGAAAUGCUACUUGUCACCUCCCCUACUGCUGAAAAUACUGAAUUAUUCUUCUACUCAUUUAAUAUUAUACAUUGGUUAGUACUCACUUGGCACUAUUAAUUCUGAUGCAUUGUAUUGAUCAAAAAAAUCAUUGUACAUUUAUAUAUCUUAAAAUGUUGUUAGUUACUUGUUCUUGUUUGAAUAAUUGUUCAGAUUAAUAAAUAUUCCAAGUGAAAUAGAA